AUGGAUACCAUUGACUGGCAGCACAUUGCGGAGAGCCGGAAGUGGGACAAGAAGCAGCGGGAGGAUUUGGUGAAUGGCGCUGAGGUGGAAAAAGAGGUGCCAAAGGUUCGAGUAAUAGGUAACUUGAACGAUGAUACGGUGAGUCUCAAGACGUACUGGUACUUAGUUGUUUCGCCUGACUUCUAUAGACCUCUCUUUAUAGCGCUGCGUAUCACCGUGGUGGGAUUGUUACCGCUAAUGGUUGUUGCAGACAUGUACCCUCACAUCUUUCCAAUGUACAGCGCUAUGAGUCUGUUUGUUGCUGCGUACGGCCAGGAGACCAUUGGGGAGCAGUUUGUUUUUGCGAUAAUUGGCACUCAAGUUGGUGUAUGGGUGAUGCUGUGGGGGUCGCUGAUGUAUCUUUUCAACCUGCUAGAACAUCCCAUCGCGUGGUGGUGUGCAGUAUUUUUUGGUCCUUUUUUUGUGGCACUUACUGGAGAUUGGCGCGGUAAACGAUUGUGCAUACUACUUUCACUUCUUGUGAUGGGAGUUCAACGGGCACUCUGGGAUAGAGGAAUGCAAAGUUCCACUUUAGCUGUAAAAGUGGGUCGUGAUUUGAUCAUACCUGUGGGAUUCGCCAUUGUCCAGGCAUUCCUUCCACCCUUUACAAUAACCAGCCGAGCGGAUGCGGCGAUGGCUGAUGCGUGGGUGCAUGUUGGAAGCAUAGUACGCAAUGCUGCCACAGCCUGCUGGUCAGAGGAUCCAUUUGAGACCGUAUUGGCGCUUGCAAGAAUUAGCACUGAUCCAAUAAACAGUUGUUUGGACACUGUCCCACAAAAACUAUUCUUUAUUACGUAUGAACCGUGGGAAUCGACACUGCGGCUGCAGCUGAGGAAAGAACGCGUAGAGUGGCUGCGUCGUCUUAUGCCCAUGCUGCACGCUUUGGCAGGUGCAGCACGCAAAUUGAAUUUGGAGCAAGCUAAAGAGCCACACCAAGAUGGUAUAGAAAACAAUUCCUUCUCCCUCUCGAAAACCUCAAUGGAUGUUCUGCUAAAUCCACUAAACGAGUUUCUCGACGCACUUGACGCCACACUAAAGGCACUUGGUUCUUUUCUGAACCCAAAAGAAGUGGUGGAAAAGGUGCCCUUUGAUGAACUCGAGGCAGCCACCACAAAGCUGCAAUCUGCUAUCGAUAAGCUGCACUUCGACAUGAUGAAGCGAAAAGAAGGACCUCCGAAUGCUGUGCAGUACAUGCACCUUGUGUUUGCUCACCUCAUGAUGGUACUGUUGGGAGAAGAGCUUGUGAAGUACGCGGAGCUAAUGCGACACUUUGAUAGGAAGCGGUACAAAUCCACAUCUCGUCAUAUACUAGAGUUUUUCUUUCUGGAUUACUGGAAUGACUUCUGGACUGAGCUGCCGAAGCGUAUCACAUUGGCCACACCCCGUGAUGUCCGUUUGGCAAAGGAUGCAUUUAAACUCGCAUGCGGCUACACACUUGCACUAAUAUAUGCACUCACCAUUGACACGGAGAGCAUUUACUAUUUCGGCAUGGCAAUUCUCGUAGGUGUGGGUCUCCCAACUGUGGGGGAAUCCCUGGUAUUGGGAGCACAGCGUUUGACCGGACUUAUGCUUGCCACAUCAAUUUCAUAUUUGGUGUACAACCAUCAUAGGAACGAUGUCGAAAAAUAUGCUCUCAUAUCACUUGCAGUGUUUUUAUCACUCUUUCUCCGUAUAAUACCCGGUUAUUUUCAACUCGGAUUUUAUACAGCCCUCAUGUUGCCGACAAUGUUCCACCUUGUCGCCUCUCCGCUGAUGUCGCUGUCACGCCUUAUGUCAUGCACCUUCACCGCAUUUACAUAUCAUGCAAUCAUUGUUCUUGUAUUUCCAAUUGAUCCUAUAAAGGUGCUCCAUGGCAAGGAAUCGAAGGCGGUUAAAGACAUUUCCGAUAACUUCACUGAUUCGAUAGACUUUUUGCAGUCACCCGUUAAAGAAGAGGAAACUGGAACAGUUGAGUUUCUCCUUGAACUGAAAAAACGAUGUGCUGGAAUGUGGGCAAGUGUACGUCAACUACCACCGCUGUUUCAAACAGCUGCGACGGAGCCAACCAUUCGUGGCCUGCCAUUUCCAAAGCACCACCAUGAGGAACUCAUCCCGGUCUUGCGUCGACUCGCAUCUUCUGUGGAUAUUAUCGUGUUGGGUCUACUGAGCAUUCACCGGAAGCGUGUUGCGCCUGUCGAUCCGGCAUUGAAGCAGACUUUGCAUUCCAUCAAGCCACUGGUUCGUGGCAUUAACCGAUAUAGUCUUCUUGUCAUGCAGGACUUUGUGGAUGCAGUGGAGAAACCAACUAUAUGGACCUACAACAACUCAGCAAAACAUUUCUCAGCACUGCUGGUCCUCAAUAAUGAGCUAAAGAAAGCAUUUAGCGCGGCGCAACAAAACAUCAUUAUGGCCAUCCGAAAUAAAGCACAGGAACUGCGUAACAAUAGUAUGUUUAACAAUAGUAUAUUUGCACCAUCACAUCUUCAUUCCUAUGAUCAAUCGGUGGAUGGCAGAGUACUGGCGAAUGUGAUAAAAUCGCCAUAUGGCGGUGAUAUCGACUCAGAAGAGAUAGAUGAAACCUCGUUUGUUCGUGAGGAACUAACGGCACCACGCAAUGUGAGCUUUAUGCGGCGCCCUGAGGAUUUCACUGUCAACCACGACGUGAACAUGAGCAUUGCUGUUCUUGUUGGUAUUGAUUUUUUCUGCUCAGAGCUGGAGAAAACGUUGCGGGUCAUGUCUUAUGUGAAUAAAUUUGAGCUCAGUCGCCUCCCAAGCAAGACGAAGUAG